CACAUCAUAAACAUUAGUUGGGGCUUUUGAAGCCAUGGUCACACCUUCAAUCCUCCUCUGCCUUUCUCUAUUGGCUAUCUCCCUCAGCUUUACUGAGUCGCAAUCCUUCAUCGGCGUAAACUACGGCCAGGUCGCCGAUAACCUUCCUCCGCCGGAGGCCACGGCCAAGCUCCUCCAAUCCACCACCAUCGGAAAAAUUCGUAUUUUCGGCACCGAUCCUGGGAUCAUCAGAGCCCUGGGAAAUUCCGGCGUCGGGAUUGUCAUCGGCGUCGGAAACGGCGACAUUCCGAGUCUAGCCUCCGAUCCCUCAGCGGCAACUCAGUGGGUCAGUGCGAACGUGUUGCCUUACUACCCAGUCAGUAACAUCACUCUGAUCACCGUCGGCAACGAGGUGUUGACCUCCGGCGACCAGGGCCUCAUCUCGCAGCUUGUUCCGGCAAUUCGAAAUGUCCAAAGUGCCAUCAGCUCGGCGUCGCUCGGCGGCAAGAUCAAGGUCUCGACGGUGCACUCCAUGGCCGUUUUGACUCAGUCGGAUCCACCAUCGUCCGGGUUGUUCAACCCGGUUCUCCAAGAUACCCUGAAACAGUUGCUGGCGUUUCAGAGGGAUAACAAUUCGCCACUUACAAUCAAUCCGUACCCGUUCUUCGCUUACCAGAGCGACCCGAGACCCGAAACGCUCGCAUUCUGCCUGUUCCAGCCCAACUCGGGCCGGGUUGACUCGGGUAACGGAAAGCUUUACACGAACAUGUUCGAUGCUCAGGUGUACUCAUUGGAUUGGACGUCAGAAAAGAAUCGAAUUGUAAGCGCAUCCCAAGACGGCCGAUUAAUAGUGUGGAAUGCUCUAACAAGCCAGAAAACUCAUGCCAUAAAGCUUCCUUGUGCAUGGGUCAUGACCUGUGCUUUCUCACCUACUGGUCAAUCUGUUGCAUGCGGUGGCCUUGAUAGUAUUUGCUCUAUUUUUAAUCUUAAUUCUCCCACUGACAGGGAUGGGAAUCUAACUGUUUCACGGAUGCUUACUGGACAUAAAGGUUAUGUUUCCUCUUGUCAGUAUGUUCCAGAUGAAGACACUCAUUUAAUUACUGGUUCUGGUGAUCAGACGUGCAUAUUGUGGGAUAUUACUACUGGCCUUAGAACAUCUGUUUUUGGAGGUGAAUUUCAGUCUGGACAUACCGCAGACGUACUUAGCAUUUCUAUUAAUGGAUCCAACUCUAGAAUGUUUGUAUCUGGUUCUUGUGAUGCAACUGCCCGAUUGUGGGACACUCGUGUGGCAAGUCGAGCAGUGCGGACAUUCCAUGGGCAUGAGGGAGAUGUUAAUGCUGUCAAAUUCUUUCCUGAUGGAAAUAGAUUUGGAACUGGCUCAGAUGAUGGAACUUGCAGAUUGUUUGACAUUAGGACUGGGCACCAACUUCAAGUAUAUUAUCAGCAGCACAGUGACAAUGACAUCGCGCAUGUGACCUCCAUCGCAUUCUCUAUAUCUGGAAGACUUCUUUUUGCUGGAUAUACAAAUGGGGAUUGCUAUGUUUGGGAUACUUUAUUGGCAAAGGUAGUCUUGAAUUUAGGAUCUCUCCAAAACUCUCAUGAGGGCAAGAUCAGCUGUUUAGGUUUGUCAGCUGAUGGAAGUGCUUUGUGUACAGGAAGUUGGGACACAAACUUAAAGAUAUGGGCAUUUGGCGGGCAUAGGAGGGUGCUUUGAUCCACCAAGGGGGCAAAGACUUUUACUCUGACUUCCUUUGUCAGGGUCACUCCUUGCAUGGUAUUGUGGUUCAUCAUGAACUGGUAAUGAUGCUUGUUAUGGUGAAUUUGGAGGAAGAAUUGGAAGUCAAGGUUAUAUAACCUUUAGCGAUGGAACUAGUGCAGCAGUUUGUUCUUCCUGGUGCCCAUUGGUUCGUGUGUGAUCUAGUAGUUUAUCCAUUGUACUGACCGCUUCAUGCCUAUACCUUAAACCAGAAUGAAGGAUUAUUUACUUUCUCAUCUCCAUUUAACUUUUUGACGAUGUUAGAAUUCAUAAGAUCUACGUCACUUGCCUCAAACCGUGCUGUAAGGAAUGGAGUGACGGACAAAA